AUGGUGAGCGACGGCAGACCAUGGACCACCGCGACCUACACAAAACACGACCAAGGAGAAACACAAGACACGGCACUCAGCGAACUUUUGCCGCACCUGGCAAGUGGCUGCCAAGUAAGGGAUUCUCUAUUCGACGAGGUCUUGGGAGGGCUGCAAAAUGACGCACAUGUGGGAGCGAAGCUGCAGGCACUGGCCGUGCUGCGCAAGUCGAUACAGGCGCACAACGGCGACGGGGACGACCUGGGAGGCAAGAUACUCACGGAAGAAGACACCCAGAAGCUGACAACGAGAAAUAUGCUGGAACUGUAUGUUGUCAGGCCUCUCGGGGCGGGAGCCUUCAACGCCGAUAAUGCCAUAAAAUGCGAGUGCGCAAAGAUUCUCAACGAAAUCACGACACACAUGCCGUCUAAAAGCUAUUCACGGUUGUUCACCGGCGACGCGCUGCGAAGUGUCAUACUGCUGAUGGAGUAUGCAUGCGGCAGUCGCAACAACAGCAGGCUGGAAGACGAGAUGUGGAAUGCGGCCGUGUCGAUCCUCAAGAACCUGCUCACUGUCGUCCAAAUGCCGUACGAUGUGGUUGAUCAGGCGCUCACCUGCGUGUGCGGCAAGUCCGACGCGGCCUCCACAGAGUUCUGUCACGUGCUCGUCGCAAAGGUGCUCUUGCCGAAGCUUGUCGAAAACGUGACAACCGGCGUACGCCUACACAUGCAAACAAGCCUGUCAAGCAUGUGCAGACGGGCAGUGAAGUACUUUGCAGACGUGAUCGCCAACAGCGUUGACUACCAGGUGCUCAGCAGAACAUGCGCAACGCUUGUCUGCUUAGGCGAACAUCGGUUCGGAGUAGACAUGCUCCUGGAGGCAAACUGCCUGCCUGGAGUAUUAAAGAUCGCACUAUCUGUAGUUACUAAACAUGAGGAAUUUCUCAGCACACUCAUGGACAAGGACGUCUAUGACGGGUCAGCGAUAUCGCAGAUGAGGGACAGCGUCACCCCGCAGAUGCACCAGCUCACAUUCGACGCACUAUCGGUUAUAAGCAAAAUUGCAUUUACCGCGAAUCGCAGGCAAGCUGCAGCGCUGCUUGACAUGGGUGUGGCUGAGGCGAUCGUCAAGAUGCUCAACUGUCCCAUCUCGUCAGUUAUGCUCCGAACACGAGCGGCGAACACCCUGGGCAACUUAGGGUGCGAAUCGGAGACCGAGGUACAGACCAUCAUAGAAGCGGAUGCGUUACCGACGCUCGUGAGGACCUAUCGUGAGGUGCUCGAGCAGGAUACGAAGGUGGAGGCGGCGUACGCAAUUUGCGCCUGUGCGUCCCGCGCCAACCGAAAACAGGUCGGCUAUAUCGUCUCGUGCACCUCAAGAUCAUGUGCAAUAGGGAGCAACAGUUGCAUGGCGCUAAUGUGCGAUGUGAUUGACUUCGUCUGCAAGAGCGACCCGCGGAGCGAGGGGAACAUCAGGCUAUGCCGAGUGGUCCUCAGCGCGCUGGAGAACAUACUCAACGUAGGCGACACGGAGGCAAAGUCACACAGGCUGCUGGACAACCCCUACGGAAGGCUGUUCCUGGAUAACCAGGGGGACGAAAAAUUGGCUAAAAUCGCCGCAUUCCCGGACUUCCAAAUCGCAAAACGAGCCAUGAUGCUCAGCCAAUCAUUUUUCAACACGCCGAGGCUGUGGAACACCGCCGACUGCGACGUCAUGUACACUAAAACUCUGAUCUAA